UCUACUACCCAAUCAAAUAAUCCAAAACAAGGAUUAAAACGCGAUAAUAAUUCCAGAUAGAGAAUAAAACUGAAAAUCGAAAAAGAAAAAGACAAAUGCUCACGAACUCAGUACUAUAGCGACUUGGGCCAUGUCUCGUGUUUUCCGCGUCAGGGUUAAAUUUAUCGCCGAUAAGGAACGUCGACUGAUAAGAUCGAAUCAACUCUCGAUCCCUAUGUGAUGCCAUAACAUGCCUUGAUUAAAGAUGCGAUUUCGCACUCAACUCGCUAACGCUGCAACAUUUUCAAAGUUGACAGCAUCCCUCUCAUCGCUGGGUAAAGUAUGCUGGAUGCGACUGGAAGAUGGAACCGUUCGAUUUACCAUCAUCCCUGAUCAAGGCACCCAAGUCUGGGCGCAGUUACCCGUGGAAGCCAUCUUCGAUGAAACCAAUUAUAUCCUGGAAUCCAACUCCGGGGUCAUCAACCUCGAAGUCCCCGUCGGGGCUCUCCACCGUGCCCUUCGCUCCGCCGUAGCGGCGACGUCAGCCCAACUGCGUCUGACCAAAAAAGGCAACGUCCCUCUCUUGGCUCUCACCAUCCACGCAUCAUCCUGGACCACCGGGUCCAACGCACUAGGCAUCGCUGAAUCGGACCAUGCAGCCAUGACCGGCCCGGCUCUCGGGGGGGAGGAUGCUGGUCGCGCAGGUCAGGCAACCAGUGCGUCCCGACCAGCAGCCGGUUCUGGGCCCCGAGAACGCGAGACGGUCAUUACGCAGGAAAUUCCUGUAAAAGUCCUCCAUGAAUCUGCCAUCGAGGGGCUCCAUGAACCGCGAUGUCGUGACCCCGAUGUGCACAUCAUCUUGCCGAGUUUGUUCCAGUUGAAGAGUAUCUCCGAGCGGUUUACUAAGCUGGCGGCGGAUUCCAAGGGUUCCUCGGGUUCUGCGGUCGUGUCUGCUAUUUCGCCUAAACUGGAACUAUCGGCUAACAUGCAUGGAUCGCUGAAGUUGGCGAUCGCUACGGAUGCCUUGCGUAUUUCGAGUGUUUGGACGGAUCUGGUGAACCCGUCGCUGGACCCGGGGCAGCUCACUCAGACGGAAAUUGAGCAGCUGCCUAGUGAGCGGAUGAGAGCUCUACACGAUGAUGAUGAGGCUGGUUGGGCGAAAGUGAGAAUCGACGGGAAGGAUUGGGGAAGGGUGCUGAGUGUUGGGCGAUUGAGUCCUAAGGUCGUUGCAUGCUUUAUCCACGAGACAGCGUUGAUACUCUACGUUUACUUGCCGGGGAGCUGGAACGGAGAAGAUUCUUGUUUGACGUAUUAUAUCAAUUCCUACGCGGCCUGAAUAGAAUUACUGGGCUCGGAUUCUGCAUGUAUUACAGUCUCUGCAUGCAAAGGUACGCGCAAUAGAAGCGCACAUAACGUUGAGCGUCCGAAGGUUGAAAUUAUUAUAAUACCAUUAAAAUGUUCAAAUAAUAAACGUUCAUGUUCCGUGAAACUCGAAGCAGCAGAAAGCGUUCGGUUCGAGACCUCCACAUCACUCAAUGCCAAGAUCUCAGAUGGAUAGAAGUGUAAGCAAAGCAAUCAUCAAGGGGAAUAAGGGGAAGCAAUAAGCAUUGCAUAAGGUGCAUAUGCAAAUAUUUAUUGUACACGGGAAUAUAU